AUGUCGACUGUCGAGCAACAACGGCCCACGCAGGGUAGUAUGGAUUUAAGAUCGGAUAAUGGAACGCAUUUUACUGCAAAAAGUCUAGUGACAAUAAUUGUCGUAAGUACCAAGAUAGUUGGAGCCUUACGCGUUCACUACACUCCGGCUUUAUUCGAGCGAGUAUUAUACCUACAUUUAAUUUACUAUUUCAAGAGCUGUCGCCUUUCCGGCUUGGAUUCGCCGUGUCAGUGUAGCAGCACAGGAUCAGGUCGAAAAGCCGCGUUAAAACAAAUCAGAAAAAUGGAAAAUUCUAUGAUACCCAAUAAACGGUCACGGUCAGCUGAACCCGAGUAUAAAGAACUAAGCGAUGAGGGAGAUGAAGAUACAUUAGACCUUUUGGAUUUAUUUAGGUGCCAACAAGUAUGCCGCCAAAUGGAUUUAAGACAGGGUGAACAAAAUCCAUUUAUGAAGUAUUUUUGGCCCACGGAAGAUGAUGAAGAAGAAGACGAAGUAGAAGAAAAUGAAGAAGAUGAAGAAGAAAAUGAAGAAGAUGAAGAAGAAAAAGAUGAAGAUGAUGAAGAAGAAGAAGAAGAAGAUGGAGAUGAAGAACAAGAAGAACAAGAUGAUGAUGAAGAAGACGAAGAUGAAGAAGAACAAGAUGAUGAUGAAAAUGAAGAAGAAGAAGAAGAAGAAGAUGAAGAAGAGAAAGUAUAUGGUUUACCAAUUAAUGAUCAAUAAGAAAUAGUAAAUUAUUAUUUGGGGCAGAAUUAUAAUUAUUGUGUUUUCUGUUGAACAAUGUAUGACAAUCAAACUGAUUAUAAGAACAAAUGUCCUGGUCAAUAUCGAAUAGAACAUUAUCCUGAAUUCUACACAUAAUUCUAUACAUGUAUAUUUCAACCAUGACUAAAACAUAGGAACAAAGUCAUAUAAUUUAUUAAAUGUGUUGUACUUUUUUUACAGUAGAAAAAAUAUUAUUCAGUGUUUUAUAAUAAUUAAUAAGUGAAAUUUUGAUAUGAAAUAUUAUAAAUUAA